CAACAUCACAUCCGCAAGCUACAACUACCGCUCGACGCAAAGACACCACCUUGCUGUAGCUUGAGUCGUUGAAAACAUGUCAAGAACAGCAGCCCUCUCCACUUUCAUAGAAAGCGCGCCGCCUGGCGAACUCUCCGACGUUACCAAAGCCAUCAAAUCGAUCCUCGGCGACGAUGCGGUGCAGAGCGAACUCUCCCCAUCCUUCGAGAAAUACAACGAGGAGCAAUUCACAACUACAAAGCUCCCCGGUGGCAGCACAGAGGUCCUGGUCAGCGAGUACAACAGCUUGGGGGAGGGGAGAUAUUAUGAUGUAGAGACGCAAAGCUCGUUUGACUUUGAUCAUGCGACAGGAAAGGCGAGCGCGGUGCAGAGUCAUGUCUUGGAGUCUCAGCAUGAAGACCUCAUAAAGGGCCUCGUCAAAAGCCUCAACACGCAUAUCUCAGAACACUACCCUAAAGCCUCCUACGGCGUUUUCCCCACGUCAGACGCUACCACCCUCGCCAUCCUAACCGUCGCAAACAAGUACUCACCCACAAACUACUGGAACGGCCGGUGGCGCAGCUCAUAUAUCUACAAUCCCUCCAGCGGCUCCGUGACCGGCAGCAUCAAGGUCGAUGUGCACUACUACGAGGAUGGUAACGUCAGAUUACUGACCAACAAGGACGUCAACUUGAGCAUCGGAGGAAGUGCGACCGCAAGUGAAGUCAUCAGGAAGAUUAGUGCAGAGGAGAAGAAGUACCAGGAAGAUUUGAAUAAGGCGUUUGCAAGUCUGAGCGAGGGCGCAUUCAAGGCGUUGAGGAGGCAGUUGCCGAUUACGAGGCAGAAGAUUGAGUGGGAGAAGAUUAGUGGGUAUAAGCUGGGGCAGGACAUUGGCGGGGGGCGACGGUGAGAAGUGAAGCGGGGCGAAUCGGUGCGAGAAUGAUCAAAGCCCAUGCACGAUACAUGGAUACAGUACGUCCCACAGUAAUGAGAGGAAUGGAACGCUUUGAAUAUCCUCAGCUGAAUUGUAGAAGCCAUACAAGUCGAAAUGACAAUUACAUACAUACAUAAAACAUUCCUGACCCUAUACCGUUCGUUUUGAGCUUGACGUUUUCCGUUUAUAUCGUGAUGAAUGGCUUGAGUGACAGAAGCGGUUAGCGCCUUGGGAACAAGAGACGGUUGCAUCGUCCUCUACAAACAAUUCUACUCCGCUC